AAAAAAAAAAAAACACUUUUGUCAGGGAGAAAGUGUUUGCCCGACUCAACCGAAACCUGAUUCUGUUAUUUAGCCACAGCAUCUUAUGCUAUUCUGUGAGUCAAGAGUGAAGUCUGUGGCAUAAAUACUGCAUGAACCCUGCUUUAAAAAAAAAAAAGAACCCACUCUAACAGAGUCUCCUCUGCUAUUCUCUCAGGUUUGGGUUUUGACAAGAGUUCUGCUACUUGGGCUGCUCUGUCCCGUGUGGCCGGUCUGUGCAACAGAGCUGAUUUCAAAGCCGGACAGGAGAACCUUCCUCUCCAGAUGAGGGAGACGGCGGGGGACGCCUCGGAGUCGGCUCUGUUGAAGUGCAUCGAGCUGUGCUGCAGCGUUCGUGACAUGAGAGCCCGAAACCCCAAAGUGGCAGAGAUCCCCUUCAACUCCACCAACAAGUACCAGCUCUCCAUCCAUGAAUCGGAGGAAAAUCCCUCGGGUCACAUCCUGGUCAUGAAGGGAGCUCCAGAGAGGAUCCUGGACAGGUGCAGCACCAUCAUGAUCCAUGGACAGGAGCAGAACCUGGACGACAGCUGGAGAGAGGCCUUCCAGAACGCCUACCUGGACCUGGGAGGUCUGGGAGAGAGAGUGCUGGGCUUCUGCCACCUGAACUUGUCCACCUCCCAGUUUCCUCGUGGAUUCACCUUCGACUGCGACGAGACCAACUUCCCCACCGAGCAGCUCUGCUUCCUGGGCCUCAUCUCCAUGAUCGAUCCUCCUCGUGCGGCCGUGCCCGACGCCGUGGGUAAAUGCCGCUCCGCCGGUAUCAAGGUGAUCAUGGUGACCGGGGACCAUCCAAUCACGGCCAAGGCCAUCGCCAAAGGUGUGGGCAUCAUCUCAGAGGGCAACGAGACGGUGGAAGACAUCGCGGACAGGCUGGACAUCCCUCUGAGCCAGGUUAACCCCAGAGACGCCAAAGCGUGCGUGGUCCACGGGUCGGACUUGAAGGACAUGAGCAGCGAGUACCUGGACGACCUGCUGAGGAACCACACGGAGAUCGUGUUUGCUCGCACGUCUCCGCAGCAGAAGCUCAUCAUCGUGGAGGGCUGUCAGCGACAGGGGGCCAUCGUGGCAGUGACGGGCGACGGCGUCAACGAUUCUCCAGCUUUGAAGAAAGCCGACAUCGGCGUUGCCAUGGGAAUCGCCGGCUCCGAUGUGUCCAAGCAGGCGGCGGACAUGAUUCUGCUGGACGACAACUUCGCCUCCAUCGUCACUGGGGUGGAGGAGGGUCGCCUCAUCUUUGACAACCUGAAGAAGUCCAUCGCCUACACGCUGACCAGCAACAUCCCAGAAAUCUCCCCCUUCCUCCUCUUCAUCAUCGCCAGCGUUCCUCUUCCUCUGGGGACGGUGACCAUCCUCUGCAUCGACCUGGGCACCGACAUGGUUCCUGCCAUCUCAUUGGCUUACGAGACCGCAGAGAGUGACAUCAUGAAACGCCAGCCCAGAAACCCCAAAACGGACAAGUUGGUCAACGAGCGUCUCAUCAGCAUGGCCUACGGACAGAUAGGGAUGAUGCAGGCUCUGGCAGGAUUCUUCACCUAUUUUGUGAUUUUGGCCGAGAACGGUUUCCGUCCAGGAACGCUGGUGGGAAUCCGCAUCAACUGGGACGACCGCGAGGUCAACGACCUGGAGGACAGCUACGGAACCACUAGGACCUACGAGCAGAGGAAGAUCGUGGAGUUCACCUGCCACACGGCCUUCUUCGUCAGCAUCGUAGUGGUGCAGUGGGCCGACCUCAUCAUCUGCAAGACCAGGAGGAACUCCCUGUUUCAGCAGGGCAUGAAUAACAGGAUCCUGAUCUUCGGCCUCUUCGUGGAGACGGCCCUGGCUGCUUUUCUCUCCUACUGUCCAGGAAUGGACGUUGCCCUGCGCAUGUACCCACUCAGGAUCCUGUGGUGGUUCUGCGCCUUCCCCUACAGCCUCCUCAUCUUCCUUUAUGAUGAGAUCCGUAAAUUUAUUCUGAGGAGGAGCCCCGGAGGUUGGGUGGAGAUGGAGACGUAUUAUUAACAUUCAUUAAAUGUAUUGUGUCUGUGUGUUUAUUUAUAUCUGUGUCCGAUGCGGCGUGCGUCAGUUCGCAGAUCUGAUCCACAGGGAAAGAAAAAAAAAACAUGCUUUUGGAAGUGAUUUGAAAUGUUUACUUUUUUUUCUGUUUUAGUCUGAAUACAUUUCCAGCAAAUAUAACUGUGAUGCAGCCUCUGUGCCUUAAUGUGUCUUAAAGCCAAAGUGAUGUUUUGUGGCCUGUUUGUUUUGUAGGAAUAUUGAAAAGAAUGUUCUAAAUAAAGAGAUUCACAAAAAA